AGCGAUGAUCCGACGCCUUCCACACAACAUCCGCCGCUGCCAAGAAGGUUUUAUCAGAUUUCAUGAAUUGCACUCAUAUGUUUAUUUUCAUCAUCCUCGCACACACAGGCGACCUCGACAACUUAGAAGCUCUGUCAAAUUAUGAAGAUUGAUGCGCUACUGUGAGUGAGGCGUCUUCCAGCAUCACCACUCGUGCCCUCUUGGGGCAGGAAAAUCCUUCAUGUAAACUGCAUCAAUCGUAUUGUAAAGAAGAUGAAUACUGUACUAAUUUGCAUGUAUCAAUAUCUAUAGACUACGAAGAUGCUUAUGGGUUGUGACUCGUCAUCUCUCUGACUGCGGUAUUUCACCAUCAGGGGACUAUUCUCUCGCCGUCUUCUGCACAUUUGGACUGGCAGGGCACAGCUUAGUCCCGUCGCUGCCCUUCAUACCAACAACAACAACAAUAACAAACACCUUCAUGAAGACAUUUUGGAUACUACCAAGAGUUUACAGGAGAACAGAUCUUUAACGUAAAGUGCACCCAUCAUACCUAAGAGCUGAACUCCAAGGAACAUCACUCAAGUGUUAACUUGAGCAUCAACAGUGGGGGGCUUCACCCCCCCAUACCUUCACUAUUGUGGUCCUCGGGGGGGGGGGGGUGGACCUGUAAGCUGCACUUAUCACAACCAAGAAGUGAAUAAUGAUGUAAAUGGUACAUGUAGAGAUAUAAGGUGGCUAAGUGUUAUCAUUAACCAUGUCUAACCUAGACACGGCUACAGAUAAUAUGACAGAUUGUGAAAUGGAAGAGUGUUUUAUGGACAGUCAGGUUACAUGUAAUGAGAAUUUUCCCAAAAAUGAAAUUAUAGUGAAUUUGAAGCUCGACAAAGAAUUGUCAAAGGAAAAUAGUUACAUAUGUAGAGAGAAAAAUCAAAGUAUCUGUAAUAUUCAUGAGUGCAAAGAAAUAGAUAGAGGCGAGAUGAUUUGUACCCAAGAUAUAACAAAAUCUGAAUCCACUGAAUACCACCAGGAAAAUUCAGUUAAUACAAGGAAUUACUCGAGGAGUAGUACAAAAGGUAAUGAAGAUCAUGAAAAUUAUUGCACUGAAAGAAAAGGAACUGAGCCUGAAUGUGAGUCAAUUUGUAUUCAUCCGGAUCCAGAGUUAAUGAGUCUACCUUUGCAGUUGAAGCAUGAGAUUGAUGAUACUGAACUUCCUCAUGAAGUAAUUGAUUCUGCACCAGAUUCUGUGAUUAUGAUUGUUCAGCCUAAUGGUAAAACCAAGUAUUUGAAAGCUCAGUCUAGUAUCAAAGUUACCCACCUCAAGCAAGAGAAAGAGAUACAGCCAUACUCUGAAGAAAUGGAUAGUAUGCUUCAAACAGAUUUAUUAAAUGUAAAACAAAAUAAUACAGAUAAGGAUAGCCAAACUAAUUUUGAAAAUAAAUGUGUGCGGCCAAGACGGCAGCUUAAGUAUAAGUGUGAGAAUUGUGAUCGUGAAUUUUCACAUAUGCGGUCCUUAGAAUCCCACAGUAGAAUAUGUAGUAAAGUCAACAAGCUAAGAAAAACACAGUGCAUCCAUCCAUCAUGUUCGAAGAAAUUCUUCCAUAAAUUUCGAAUGAUUGAGCAUUAUGAAAAGGAUCACACUGGUGAAGCUGGGCCAGAACUAAAAGCAAAUUCUAACUUUAUUAAUCCUGAAUAUAUAUGUUGUAAUUGUGAACAUGUGUUUACCAAUCUGUCGGUGUUACAUUCACAUGAAAAAAACUGUGGUAAAUCAGUCUUUCUAAAGAGUCAUUGCAGUAAACUUGACAAUUUGAGGAAAAUAAUGUGUAUGCAUCCUUCUUGUAAGAAGCAAUUUUCUCAAAAGUCUAGUAUGAUGCAUCAUCUGAAGGAGGAGCAUCCAAAUAUGAUGCCACUAAUAGAGGCUGCCCCAAAUUACAGUUGUCAAAACUGUCUUCGCACUUUCCCCUAUUUAUCAAGUUUCUUAACACAUGAAAAAUCUUGUGGAAACCGAAGCAAAGUCAAGAAAACGCCAUGCAUUCAUCCACUUUGUAAAAGGGAAUUUUUCCAUAAGUGUAGACUUAUUCAGCAUGUUGAAGAAGAUCAUCCUGAGAUGGAAUAUGUAGAACCUGUGAAAGAUACAAGCUUCAAGUGUCCUAAAUGUGACCGAGAAUAUUCUCAUGAGCGAAGUCUAAAGUCUCAUACACAUACAUGUGGCAAAAGAGGAAAAUUAAGGAAAACACAGUGUCUUCAUUCUGCAUGUACAAAAGAAUUUUUCCAUAAAUCUAGGAUGUUACAGCAUGUCAGGAAGGAUCAUCCAGAUAUAGAAGGACCCAAACCUGACAACGAACAUGGUUUCAAGUGUCAAAACUGUGAUACAGUAUAUGGUCAUUUGCGAAGUUUAGAGAGACACAUGGAAUCAUGUGGAGUUCAAGGGAAGCUGAAAAAAACUAAGUGUAUUCAUCCAUCAUGUGAAAAAAGAUUUUUUCAUAUUUCUUCUAUGAUGAAGCACAUGGAGAGUGAUCACACAGACAUGGAAGUUAAUGUAAUAGAAAAGCAUUUCACUUCUCUUACCGAAUUCAAACUUUGGAAGGAAGAUGAAGAAGUAAAAUCAUUUUCGUACUUCAGCACAAGACAUAGUGUAACAUCCAAUGAUGGGAAAGCAUACCUAUGUUUUGUUUGCCAGUACAAUGGCCCAGAUAGGUAUUCAGAUGCACCCAGUGAUACAGGAAGAGUUUCCUUAAGAAGGUGGAGGACCGGACGAGUGAAAACUGGAAUCAUUUGCCCUGCAAGGAUGUUGGUGAAGGAGUGUCAUGAUGGCUCUGUUUCAGUUAAGUAUGUUAAAACUCAUAACCAUGAAAUUAAUAAGAAAAAUGUAACAUUUCCACCACCUGCCCAAAGAACAUUUAGAAAAUAUCAUUUGUGUAUGAGAGAAGCAAAUAAGAAAGCUGAAUAUAAUGCUGCAGAUAGUGUUAAUGAAAAAGUUAAAAUAGGUAGUGAAGAUACAUUGGAGGCAACACAAGUUUCUGUUGAGAAUGACAUGGUUAGUGGAGAAAUGAUUGCAGAAGCAGUAAUGGGAACUGGUUAUUUUGAUUAUAUGGUCAAACCCAAUUGUGGCUAUGUUCAUACUUUGGAAAAGGCAAAUGAAACUGUAAGACUGUUUCAGCAGAGGACGUCAUCUCGUUUCAUCUGCUACAAGGUGCAGCGUAGUUUUGGAAGAGAAGGUUGGUGUGCUGUGAAUCGUAAAAUUUUGUGGCAACAUGAAGAACUAAGAGAAAAUACGCUACCAGAGUUUGAUGGUGUUCCCUACAUACUUAAUGGUACAAAAGUAAUGGAGUGUCAGUAUGGUGUCAACAGAAGUGCCUACCAAAAGAAACAUAGGCCUAAUUUUGAGAGAAGAAAGAAUGUGCUAGUGAAAGAAGAGGAGUCUUGUGGUCAUGUAUCGAAGAAAGUUGAUUGUCCUGCCAAAAUUUUCCUUAAAGAUGUUAUAAAAUUUCCUGACUUCAAGGUGCAGAUAAAUUCUCGACAAGAAAUAAAAGUAAAAUCAAAUCUGCUGCGUUUAGCACUCAAUGAUGGUCGAGCAGAAGGUGAACGAAGAAUAUACAUUCAACUUCCAAAGGACUCGGAACAUUGCAAUCAUGAAAAAGAACCAGUUGGCAAGACCCGGAAGUCUCGAAGCAGUAGAUUGUCACUUCAUCCCUUCUGGGAUACAUACCUAAGUGAAAUAAAUUUUCUGCAAACAUUUAGGGUUACAAAACCUUUGUUUCAGUUCCUAGUUGAUGAAUGGCAGAAAGAAGAAAUGAUCCAACAAGACAGUGCUGGAUUUACCUCAUCGGAAAAAGAGCCAUUAGACAACCAAGUAUUAGCAGCUCUCUAUUAUCUUGGAUCUACUGAAAGUUUGGCUUCAGCCAGUGCCAAGUUUAAAGUGAAGGCUUCUAGAUACUUUGAUGUUGUUUUGAAGUUUGCUGAUUUCCUCCUCAGCCAAUGUGAUAAAUACUUAAAAUGGCCUCCAGUUGAAGAAAGAGUACAGAUUGCGGAGAUUAUUAAGCAAGACUGCGGGUUUCCUGGAGUGUUUGGUGCCAUUGAUGCAUCCCUGAUUCAUUUGAUAUCACCUGUUGUAGACGACAACUGUGCUUUUGUUCUGCAGUUCAUUGUUGACCAUAGACUUGUAUUCCGGGAUAUUCACUUAGAUUCUCCAAAGACAGGAACACGGAUACAGAUUUUCCAGGAUUCAGAGGCCUGGCUAAAGGUUCAAAGUCUUACAAGUGCAGAGACACACUUGGUUGCUCCUGCUGUAUACCCCCUGGCACCAGCCCUCAUGACUCCACACAUGACACAAAUGUUGUCAUACCAGGAGGCAUUAUACAACGAGAAUCACCAGGAAGCUCACAAAUUGACUACCAAUGCGAUGACAGUUUUCAAAUCUAGAUUCAGGCGGAUGCAGAUGAUUGAUGGGCCUGCAGAAGCUAGUGGAAAAUUUGUGAAAGCUACCUGUGUUCUCCACAAUAUUGCUCUUAUGAAUGAAAAUGAAACAGUACUGAAUGACUUAGGGUUAGAAUAUAACAGUGAAUUGGAUGAAGAAGGUUGGCACACAGUGGGUAUGGAAGAAGUUGUUGCAGAGAUUGGUAUUCUUGGUGGAGAAGAGAAAAGACUUUACCUUACUACUGUAAUGACCACCCGAUGAUUCUAUAUGCUUUGUAAUGGCUCUAAUGUGGGUGAAAAUAUCAGUAUAAAUUGAAUAAUAAAAAUAUUGUUUUUAA